AUGUAAAGAAAAUAAUUGUAUGGCUGGCAGCAACAUGGAAAACGAUCGUUGCGCAGCACAGGGAUCAUCCGCGCCAAAAUAAAAAGUCACUGUAUGACAUUACUUGCCACCAAAUUCUGCCUCGAAAUUAAAUGCGCACAAAUAUUGACAAAAGUAUCAAAGGUACAUUGUUUGACCCUCAGAGGGAGACGUCGUUCUGAAUCAGGUCCUCGGGUGACGUUGAGUGCGUAUUCCUUCUCGAUUUAUUAUUUUCCGUCACGCUGAAUGAUGCGUCAUUAUGCGUUUGGAUGCACUCUACAGUCUAUGGAUGCGCAUGAGGAAACUCCAGGAGGAUGCACUGUCUAUCCUGUCCAGGACAUGAGCCUACUGGCUUUGAUAUGCUUUCCUUUGGCGUAAGGUUAUGUCAUUUCACCAAGUGUAGUGAAAAUAUCUGUGAAGUAGCCUCGGGGUUGAAUAAUUUGCUAGAAGCUCAGCAGCCAUAGUCUCAGUCAAAGUUUACAUCUUGAACUUUGUUUAACGGUUUAGGGAUUUUUAAAGUGCACUGGUUGGACCACCGGAGGACUUAAGGAGGAACUCAAUAUAGGAGUUGUUUAACUUUACCAGUUGUUUUUAGUGGUUAGCCCAAUGACUGUUGUGAUUGCAGGUUUCACCAAGCUGUCCCUCCACCUACUGUAAACAGCUAAACUCUUGAACCAAGCCCAACAUGUCAUACACACAAGAAUUGUCUCUUAGACUUGAGGUAAACUUUAGAGUUUCCUGUAAAUGCUCAUCUAAAUGGGUUUUGUGGUCCAACAUGAAACUACUUCUGGCGUUCAGUGAUGCAAAAAACAAAGUUUAAAAACAUUAUCAUGUGAUUUCCUGUUGGUCCGCUGCUGCUGGUGUUUGUCUAAAACAAACACCAGCAGCACACCCAAUGCAAAGGUGUGCCCAUGUUGCACUUACAGAAGUAACAUUAAAGAUCCCUUUGUCUUGCUUUCACUUUUGUGUAAGCCACCUUCUUUGUGAGGAUAUAGACUUACUGAUCAUGUAUUCAUCGUACUGUAAAUGUGUCUCUGUCUGUAUGUGGCUUGGAAGUGUUGCCAGUAUUGACAUAGGUAGUCCCAAGAAGCAGAACAUUUUAAUAUCUGCAACACUGGAGUACCUACAGCAGAAGAUUAAAGCAUUCUGGUUAUACGACAUGCCGCCCGUAAUUAACUAGAUGAACACCAACCGUUUCUAAACGCUUCAUGCAGAGACUUAAUUUAAAGGCGCAUGAAAACACAAACAACUCUAUGUCCUCUCAUCAUUGGAUAGGUGUUCCCAACUGACUAAGAUAGAGGACAUUUAGCUGAUGAGUUCCCUCUUUUUAAUGCAGCAGAGUUCCACAAACAUGGUGAUGACAGACAGCUGAGGAGCUUGUCGGUGUGAGGAUGCCUCAGAGACACUUAGCUGUGUGACAUUUUCCGGGCAAAAGUAGCCUAGAAAUCGUGAAGUGGCAGACGCUACCUUUUACAAACCGUUGAUUGUGAACGUUUUCAGACAGAACUAAACGAUGAAAAAGCAGCACAAAUCCUCCUAAAAAACCUGCUGAGUGAUAUUGAACUGCCUUAGUUGGGAGAAAGUUAGCUGCAACUGCUGAUAACUGUUAUCAAUAAACCUUUACCCAAGUUCAGUGCCAAGCUGAAUAGUGUUCUCGUCUGUCGUUGUAGGCGAUUAGCAAAGAUUGAUGUUGCAGGAACUGUCUGCAUGAGAUCAUCCAUUUGUCUCUUUAGCAGUUACAGUAGCUCCCUGAAGACAAACAAAACUCAGCGUAUACACAUUCAGAGAUAACUGAAUGAAUCAGGCUAUUCAGAAGAAGUUUUUUUUUUUUUUUUUUUUUUUAAAUUACCCACGAGGAAGCAGAAAGGUUUAUCUUGUGUUGGACAGCUCGGCCAGCGGCUUUCUAUCCAUUAACUGCCUCAGCAUGAGAAGUGUCUUGAGGGAGCACCAAGAGGGACUGCCACAUUUCAAUAACAACGAUUGUGCCAGUGACAGUUGCUGUGACUUUUCUGAAAUAGCAAGCGGGGUGUCUCAGGGGCACAUAUAGAUAGCAAGUGUGAUUCCAGCUGCCACUGUGGCAUCCAAGUCUUAAUGAUAGGGCAGUUGACGAGUGGAGUGUUUCUUUUCAUAUGCUUUGAGCUAUGUAUCAAGUUGCUGGACCAUUGUUGAUCAGAGCUACUUUAGCCGUAACAUGAAAUAAACAGCUGAUGAGGAUUAUACAGCUGUCACUCCGUACUCAUAAGGGGGGCUCUUAAUCGAGUCUGUGUGUGUACGUGUGUGUGUGUGUUCUGGAACUUCUAUCCUUGCGAAGCAUUACCAGUUAAAUUCUGUUUUACUAUUUAAAACGUGUCUACUCACCAAACUUUGUUAUGCGUUUUUAAUCCUGCAAUGUUGAAGACCGACUUUUCUAGUUAGUUCCUGGUAAAAUAAGGUGACCAAGAGUGUUCAUUAGGGUACCAGUCAAAUAACUUCAAGGUGAUACUUUUGUGAGGGAAGUUCAUCUUUGGUCAAAUUACACUAUAAUACCAAUAUUAUCUAUCUCAAAAUCUCACACCCGUUGAUACAAGCAUUAGAUAAUCAAUAACAAGGACACCCAGUGAUACAUCUCAGAAAACCUCCCAGGAAGACUGGAGUUAGACUUUAAACUAGGAAAGAUGUUGUUUUUGCUGCUGCUGCCAUUUGUGAAUGCAUCAUCAACUGUAGGAUCUGGUGCAGAGUUGACAGUGGAGUGACAAGCACACGAAUGAGGUUGGCAGUUGAUGAAGUGGUUAGUUCAGUGCUCCAGAUGGAGUUGAGGUGAAAAUGCAGACAUUAGGGACAACUAAAAGUCCUCACAAGUAUAGUAAGACACAACAUGUGUUAGUAACUGUGUUUGGGUACGCAAAUCUAGUCGUGAGUGAUUCAAGACUGAGCUUAACACGGCCUUUCAGAGAGGCUGAAAUGUCGGUGAUUAGGCUGCCGCCCACACAGUGUGCUGCCGGGACAGCUGCAGCUGGUUAUCAAUCAAGCGUUUAGAGAAAAGCUAUUGAAACGGAUCCCACUGCUCGAUUCUACCAACUAGUUUUUUUAUAAUGAAUACAGAAGGCAAAGAGGCACUUUAGUUGCAAUCUCUUACAGCCAUCUACUGUACAUAAAGUCAUAAUGCAAUACUCCUUUGACUGGGAUUCCACAGCUUUGUAUCGACAGUUUCUGAUGAAACUAUUUUCAGCCAUAUGAAAAUUGUCUAAAUCACAGAUCUGUUGGUUUUGAAUAUUUAAUUGCAGAAAUUACAACAAAUGUAGAAUAAUCCAAUACAAUUUAAGGAGCAGUGUCUAAGAUGUAGUGGCAUCUAGUGGUAAAGUUGGAAAUUGCAACUAUUUGAAUACCCCUCCGCUCACCCCUCCCUUUCCAAGCGUGUCAGAGAACUACGGUGGCCUUCAGGUAACGUAAAAACCUGAAUGGCCCUCUUUAGAGUUUGUCCGUUCUGGGCUACUGUAGAAACAUGGCGCUGCAACACGACGGAGUCCUUGAAGACGACUAGCUCCGUAUUUAGAUAUAAAUGGCUCAUUCUAAGGUAACAAAAAACAAUUCUUAGUUUCAGGUGAUUAUACACUGAAGAAAAUAUAGUUAUGAAUAUUAUGUUCCACUUCUGCCAAUAAAUCCUGCUUAAUCUUACACACUAAGUUUUCAACCUUCAAGGCCAACUUCCCCUGGUAUAUAGAGCAAAAUUAAGAAGACUGGUACAAUUUAUUUAUUUUACGGUUUAGCUACCAUGUGCUGGAAAGGGGCACAUCUGAAUGCCAUUCUUGAAAUGUGCAGUGUAAGCUAAACUGUCUGUUGAGGCUGGAACCUCAGGAAAUUAUUCUCUGAAAGCCAAAAACAACAAGCUGCCAGGAAUGGGGAGAGUGGGAAGUUCAUAGAGCAUGAGGUGGAGGCAGGGCAAGAUGGAUACAUUUCAGUGCUCUCAAAAAUAGUAGCUUCAGAUGCACACUGGGACCCUCAUGUGAUAGCGUGCGGGGGUUUUAAAUCCCCGUCAUGUGCAGUCGGCAAUUUCCUCUGUCCAAAGUCCUUGAAGAUAACUCUCUCAUCACGAAAGAACAUUUAUUUGAUCCCUGGCACGUCCUGUAGUCCGAGGAUCAUAUGUCACAGAUAAUGCCAUGUGGACCUGGGAAAGAACUGGACGCCUUGUAAUAGAGUAGAAGAGACGAAACGUACUUUGAAGUGAAAAGUAUAGUGAAGUGAACAUGCAGUCUCAUAGCAAAUUCACAGCUGAUCAUAAACCAUAUGCAAAUGUGAUUUGGUGAACUGGCCACAGAGGAAUUCAACUAUUUCCCCAUCUAGUGAGGUGAACUACAAAUAAGUCACGUUGGACUAGUAAAGUGCGAGUUCAACUGUUACCGGUGCUUUUAAUCCCGAAUGACGAGGCAUUUAAAAUAAAAAAAAUGAAUUGGACCAGUCUUCUUACUUCGUAAUUUGUAUUAAAUUCUUGUAAAGACUACAUUUGUGGUGUGAAGAUAUACAGUAUUUAGCAGCUUUGCGUUCUAUUUCAGAGGCAUAGAUAUAUGGUCGAUAAUUACUUCCUCAAAAAUGAUCAGCUCAGUCAUUUGUGCUGAAUAUUUUAUGCCACAUCUGUUCACAUCUUUAAUUUUCUCUUGUUGACACAUUCUCGGCAGCCGUUGGUAGAGUUCAAUUAAGGCAUUGGAAGUGUGCAUAAGUGGCGAGGUUUGGAGUUGAUUGUAGAGACUUGUCUUAUAUGUGUGGGCAAAUCAUUCAAAAAUGAAAAAUGGAAUGGAACAUGCAGGCUUUGCUUUUGUCACCUUAUUUGAAAAAAAAUGUUUUGUCUUUUCAUGGGAACACGGAGACUACAGAACAAACAUUUCUCUCACAGGUUUUUUCACACCACCCAAUUUACAGUAUACAUAUACUACAGUGGAGGUAAAGUAUAGCAUAUCUAACUGAUAGCUGGAACUAUGUAUUUUAGAGUGGGCUCAACAAGUAGUCAGAUGACUGACAUACGACUGCCCUCUAUGCAAAUGACCAGCGACCAAAUAAAACAGCUUGUGUUUGGAUGCCCUACACUAUUGCCUUCUUCCUUAUCCACAGCUGUUCCGUCUCUUCACUCAGCUUUUCCAUUAAGACUGCUUUUGAAGUGCAUCUCGGAUGACUCAUCUCUGUCGGAUAUUGAAAUUCUUGAAUUUUCUACUCUUGCCUCACUUUAUAUAUUUUUAAUUUUUCUUCCGUGAUACUUGUUAAAGAUUAAUAUCUAUUCAAUGCAGCCAAUGCCUUAAAAAAGUUUGAGGUGGGCUGGCUGCAGUGAUGUCCAGAGCCACAAAAUCCGCCUCGAGGUCCCGGAGCCGUUCCAGGUCCCGGAGCCGCUCCAGGUCCCGGUCAAGAUCCCACUCUACCUCCCGCUCCAGAAGUCGCACCAGAUCCCGGUCCGGGAAGCGCCACCACCGCUCUAGGUCUCGGUCAUGGUCAAGAUCUCAUUCUCCAUCUCAUAACCGGGAGAAGAAAUAUCAGAGGGGAUACCAGAAUGGUCGUGAGUUCCGGGGAUACCAGCGCGGCUUCCGGAGGCCGUACAACUUCAGGGGCCGAGGGCGGGGCUACUUCCCACGUGGACGCUACCAGCGUGGUGGCUAUAACAAUAACAACAACUUCCGCCCCAACUGGAAGAAUUACAAGCAGUACCCUCAAAAAGAACAACAACAACAACAACAACAACAACAACAACAACAACAGCAGCAGCUGCAAAACCAUUCACGAGGACGCUCUCACAACCUCCAGCAAAGCUCAGGAAGCCCCCCUCGUGGUCACUCUCACCACUCUGACCGAUCCUCUUCGCCAUUAUCCAGACACUCGCAGCAUUCUUCCUCUUCCUCACACUCCUCCUCUCCCAAAUGGAAGCCAUCCUUGUUGCAGAUGAACCAGAACUCCAAAGAUGUGAAAGAGGAGCUUUCUGCCUCCAAGGAGGUCCAAAAGGGAGGAGGGGGAGAUGAGGAGCCAGUGGAGCUCAUCGGGGUGUUGGCAGGAGAUGCCAAAGAAGGAACAUGCAGCGGGAAAAGUGAGGGGAAUUGGCAGAGCCUGACAGACUGCAGAAGCAGUCCAAAGAGAACGAGUCCUCUGGUAAGCUCUGUUGUUAUUGUUGGUCAGAACAGCCAAACUACAAACCAGUCAAGUCCUUCCCCUAAAAUCACGAACGACAUUGGCAAUGGCGCCCCCUCCUGGAAGAUGGUGUGUAGUAGUUCAUCCUCAACCAAGAAAAGCCCACAUGAAGGUCUAAAUCCAAUGCUUGCAAGCUAUGACUUCUUCUCCAACGAGGAAUACAUGCAUGGAGAUAAAACGGCAAUAUCCGUUGCCUUCAAACAGUUUUUGGAGGAGCAAAAAAAAAAAGCCAAAGCUCUUGAAAAUGGCAAGACCACAGAAGCAAAAGAUGUGGACAUGGAGGAAGGGAAAAUGAAGGCCAAGACAUCAGCAAAUAUCUCUGACUCACUGUCAAGAAUGUACAGAGAGGACAUUGAUGGUGAAGUGUCUCUGAAAAGCUUUUUGAAAGCUUCUCCUUUUCUGUCUGCUGACGGGGAGGAAGAGGACGAGGCGAUAAUCAAGCCUCGUUCAAAGUCUCUUCACAAAGACUGGCACAAUGGGGACGAGUCCUUUAAGACAAAGAUAAAGGUCACUCACUCAUCCCGGGAACUGUUUGAUGAAUGCUUUGGCAAAUGGCAGAAUGUGGCCUACUCACAGGUAGCCAACAGUGACCUCGACAUCAUGGCAGAGGACAUAUACCUCGCUCGAAAGCAGGAAAAAGCAGCGGCCAUUGCUGCUGCCCUCGCCAAGAGGGAGUUGGCGGGAAAAUGUGAGGGACUGUCCCCAGACAUGGGUGGUAAAGCCAGGAAAAUGGCAAAAUCUCCCUCCAUCUCAUCUCCUACACCACCACCACCACCAAGGAGAAGCUCUGACAAAGAGCUCAGGGGAGAGGACUCAUAUUUCAUGUCCUCAAGAAAACAAGAAACUAAAUUAAAUGUCAGAAUGGAUUUCCUUGGAGAAAGCCUGAUGAGGUCUUCUGAUAUCUUAGCUGAGGAGCGACAGUUGUCUCAAGAUCUUGUGCAGUCCUCAAAAAAGGAUCAAGAGUUUCGCUCCAUCUUUCAACAUGUUCAAGCUGCUCCAUCACAGAGGUGUCCCUCCGAGCUGUUUGCUCAACACAUUGUCACCAUCGUUCACCACACUAAAGCUCAGCACUUUCCAGCCUCUGGAAUGACUCUAAACGAGCGAUUCACCAUGUACCAAAGACGAGCUGCAGAGAAGGAAAUCAUGAAGCCAAGAAAAAGCCCAGAGAUACACAGGAGAAUUGAUGUUUCACCAAGAGCUUUUAAGAAACACUCUCAACUUUUUGAGGCGAUGAAAAGCUCAGAGGAUGGCACUUACAAGGAUGGCGGGGAAAAACUGACGGGUGACCCGAUGGACCUUCGUUUGGAUAUCGAGCGCCGUAAAAAAUAUACCAUCUAUGACAGAGAUAAUAAUCAGGAUCGGGGAGGAGAUGUGGGAGAUUCCCCAGAUUCUAGUAGAGACAGAUCCGUGGAAAAGCUAUCCAAAUCGAGCGAAAGAUCAAAGAAAAGUCAGAAGAAGCGCUCUCGCUCAAGUUCGUCCUCAUCUUCCUCGUCCUCAAAGUCCCAAAAAGAAGCUUUGCCCCAUGGCAAGUCUGAUCCCAAAGAUAAAGGCAUUGACAGGGCCCAACUGGGUCAAACAGAGUCAUCAGGACCAGCUGAAAGAGGAAGGCCACGUGGUGGAUUUCAAGUUCGUGUCCGUGGAAGGAGCUGGAAUGGAGGCAAUUAUCAGGGAAACUGUUCACAUAGUAACAUGAUGGCAAACAUGGCUGUACAACCAGAAAAUGAAGACUGGGACCCAGAGUACACUCCCAAGAGCAGGAAAUACUUCUUGCACGACGACAGAGAACGGGAGGCAGAGUGCAAGAUGGUGGACAACCGAGGGAGAGGACGGGGAGGCUUCUCGCGUGGAAGGGCGCGAUUCAUCGUCCGCAAAGCCACUGGGGGCCCCAACACCAACAGCCCCAAAUGGGCCAAUGACAAGUUCCAGAGCAACGGGGAGCAAGGUGACACGCAUGAGGAGACGGAGCAGGACCAUAAAGAAGGAGAGGACAGAAUACUGGAGCAGUGAAGCAGGCUGCUGAGAAUCUUAAUUUUCUUCUUGUGUUGUUAUGGGAUCUGAAUCAGUGAUUUUAUCCACCGCAAUGGAUUCAUAAAUGCAGAUUAAGACUCUUUUUAAUGCCUUAAUUUCAGUUUAGGAUACUCACUCUGACUUGACAUAACGAUUUUCCACAUCAGGAUAGAAGUCAAACCUAGUAGUAGCACUGUUUAAAGGUGAAUUGCUGUUUCUCAUAAGAAGUUGGAUUUAUGUUAAAAUGAUUUAUUGCUUUAUGUUUAGGGGGCAUUUUACUUUUAUCUCGCAGAAUUGAUUAAAAAAAAAAAAUACUACUUAAUUUGACAUUUUUAAGUAGCAAGAGAAGGUCAUAUCAUAGACCUUAUGCUUAUGCAAAUGAGGAAAUGUUUUGCGAGUGGGUUAGAAGAGGAAUAGUUUUAGAACAGCAGGCUUGUUGUUUUGAGCUGUGUCUUGAUUAGAAUGACAUGCAAUAAGUACACUGUAGUUCAUGUUGACAUAAAAACAUCGCUGUUUAGCCAAUGCAGCACUCUACAAAAGACCCCGAUCUGACAUGGGACCAAACUGUAUGGGGUCAAAGGUUAUGCUCUACUGUCUUUCAUUGUACUACAGCCAACAGAUCUACAAUACUGACACCAUAUGAGACUGUUACUAUGAGGAUAACUGUACAUUUAAUAUGUUGCUCACUAAACAUUUUGCAGUCAAGAUAUUUCUAUACAUGACAGUCGCUCUUUGCUUGAUCUUGGACACCACUAAUCAAUGUAUAAUAUUGAUAGUGAUUAUAUAUUUUCUCCAAAAGACAUUCAUAGUUUUUGUAACUGGCUAGACAGGAUUUUGUCUGCAAAGGACUUGCCAUAGAUUUUGAUGUUUUUCAUUCACUGUUUGCAAACUUUUCUCCUGCCAAUAGUGAUUUAAUCAGUUACGUUGUGUUCAAUCAGUUAUGUUGUCUUCAACUGUGUUGACUUUGUGAUAGAAGAGGCUCAACAUUUGCAUUUGUUUAUACAAUACAAGGCAGUUUAUAGAGCAAAGGACACAGUAUGUCUAAACCUAAAAUAAGAAUGUUUUUCAGUGUAUAUCUCCAAUCAUUUUAAGUCUAGGAUUAGGCUCAUCUCUGUUUGGCCAACUGCCCGUACAGUUGGAUUACAUGUUCUUGUGCCUUGCUGUGGGUCUGCUGGUCUUAUUUGUACUGCAGGCCAACAGAUUGAGAUUCACAUUUAAAUGUUUCAAGAUUACCUGCUUGGGGAAUAUUGCUUUUCUAAAUAGGUGUUGUUACUGUUUUUUUUCUUAGAGAAUGUAAAUUAAAGAGACUGAUUACUUUAAA